AUGUUCUUCUAUAAAUCCCCUGCACCCUUCAACCAUUUUCCUUCACCCACCAUCACCACAUUUCCUCUCUGCCCUCUCUCACCUCAAACUUUCCCAGCACUCUGUUCCUCCAGUCUUCAUUUUCAAGCUUUUUACAUCCGUAACUUAACAAUCAAAUGGGUUUUUCCUUGCUCCUGUGCAGAUUGCCGGAAAAAAAUGGGUCUUGCUGGGUACUCGCUCCUCCUCCCUCUUCUCGCCUUGACAAUGGCGUCCUCUGUCAGCGGCUACGGCGGCGGCGGAGGCAACUGGGUCACCGCUCACGCCACAUUCUACGGCGGCGGCGAUGCUUCCGGCACAAUGGGCGGUGCUUGUGGGUAUGGAAACCUCUACAGCCAAGGCUACGGCACCAACACGGCGGCGCUGAGCACGGCGCUGUUCAACAACGGCCUCGCAUGCGGCUCCUGCUACGAGAUCAAGUGCGUCAACGACCGCCGGUGGUGCCUCCCUGGCUCCAUCGUCAUCACCGCCACCAACUUCUGCCCGCCGAACAACGCCCUGCCCAACAACGCCGGCGGCUGGUGCAACCCUCCCCAGCACCAUUUCGACCUCUCCCAGCCCGUAUUCCAGCACAUUGCUCAGUACAAAGCUGGAAUCGUCCCCGUUUCUUACCGCAGGGUGUCCUGCAGGAGAAGGGGAGGGAUAAGGUUCACAAUCAACGGCCACUCCUACUUCAACCUCGUCCUCAUCACCAACGUCGGAGGAGCCGGGGACGUCCAAUCCGUAGCAAUCAAGGGCUCGAGGACCGGGUGGCAGUCCAUGUCCAGGAACUGGGGCCAGAAUUGGCAGAGCAACAACUACCUUAAUGGACAGGCUCUGUCUUUUAAGGUUACGACCAGCGACGGCCGCUCCAUUGUGUCCUACAAUGUCGCACCUUCCGGCUGGUCCUUCGGCCAGACUUACGCCGGCGCACAAUUCCGUUGAAAGUGGAACAAGUUUCCAAGUCGGCCGGUUACUCUUUUUAUUUUCGUUAUAUUUGGGUAUAUGGUGGUGAUUGGAGAAAAGAGAAAGAGGGCUAAUUUUAAAAUGGCUCUUUGAUCUUUUUUUCUGUGUCAGUUGGGAGAGGCCAAUUUGUGUCGGUCUUAGUGAAAGGGAGAUCCUUUAUAAUAUUAGUGGUAAGGGUCUUCUUUCUUUGUGUUCUUUAUUGUACUUUUUUUUUUUUUUACUUGCUAGUAGAAUUUCGAUUUUCUAUCUCUGCCGUGGGAAUUUGUUGGCAGAGAAGAAGAAAUGGAGGAGGUGGAGGGUGUGAAUCUCCACCCGCCAUUUUUAUUGGUGUACUUGGGGAGAGUUGUUUGUUUGUAGCUCUCUCCCAGAGUAUUCGUGUUUGUUAGUUUGGGGAGUGUGUGAGGAGGCAAUAUAUGUAAUAUUGUUGAGGGACAAGGAGAUGUAAAUUUCCAUGUUUGGUUGUUUGAGUAAUGGAAUGAGCUAUCUAUUAAUCUAUAUCGUAUCCCUAUAGUAUCCCUGAAAUUUACAAUAUGCUAUAUUAUGAU